AUGGUGUUUGAUAGCGAGUAUGAUCUCGGGUAUCCUGUAUAUGGGGCCCAGUUUUUGAGUGAUGGGAUGCUGCUGGUUGCCGGUGGUGGUGGUGUUGGGGUUAUGAUCCCGAACAAACUGACUGCGCUGCGUGUGAACUUCGAGAAGAAGAAAGUGCUGAAACGGUACAGGGAGAUCACAUUAGACUCCCAGGAUGACUCGCCUUCUAACCUUGGUGUCGCACAGAACAUGAUCCUGAUGGGCUGUAACGAAGGAUAUGAUAAGAUCAGCUCUACAGGGGAGAAUCACCACAUUCGGAAGUUUGUAUUUGAGAAUGAUCAUUUGAAGUUUAUCGGGGCCAUUGACUUCGAUGGCUCUACGGAUCCCGAAGUAUACACAAAACUAAUUUGCAUGUCAAAGGACGGCACUAUUGCUGCAAUUGCGUCUUCAAAGCUGCCAACUGUGAUUCGGAUCAUCGACCCGAUCGAUCUGACUGAAAAGUAUGAGAUCGAGACCGGUAGAGAUGUCAGGGACAUUCACUUCUCUCCAGAUGGGAAACUCCUUGUUUAUAUCACAGCUACGUCACUAGAAGUAGUUUCUGUGGUCACUGGCAGGUUUCUGUUCAGAAAGACCGAUUUCAAUAAAGCCACUGACCUGGCGCGUGUCAAAUUUAUUAACGAUGACGAUUUUGUCUUGGCUUCGGGAUUUAAAGACAAGGCCGGUAUCGCACUAACGACAUUCAGAAUUCGGAACACAAAUCCAACUAUACUAUCCUCUAAGAAGGUUUUCAAGGACUAUAAGAAGAUUACGGCGAUGGAUGUGGAUCCAAAGGGACAAUUGAUAGCAUUGACUACAGAUGAUAAUUCCUUAGCUUUAUUGUCAGUCAAAAAACUCAAUGUUAUCAAAUUGUUUAAGCAAGUACAUAAGGACACGAUCACUAGAGUGACUGUUUCUCCUGGGGGUCAAUACGUUGCAACUGGGUCUACAGAUAAGACUGUUCAUAUAUUUAAAAUCUCCCCUGACGCAAUGGGCGGCUCCAACUUAUGGAAAUCACUAUUACGCUUUUUAUUUAAUGUGAUGAAGCUCGCAGUGGUGGUUAUCUGGGCGCAUCUAUUUUAUAAAUAUGAUCUACACCACAAAUUAUACGAUGUUACCAAGGUUCAGUUGGAAAAGAGAUCAAUUGAAUUUCCAUCGUUCUUGGAUGGCAUUCUCGGUACUACUACCACUAGAUCAACUAUUAUUGAGGGCGAUAUUGUAAGUGUUGUAACUGAUACAGCACCAGCCUUGACGUCAUCUGUCUUCAGCGAGGAUAAUAAGGAAUACGCCAAAGUAGAAGAAACUACACCUAGUAAUAGCUGGAGUUCUGUUUCUGAAAGUUAUUGGCCUUCUGAGGUUUCCAAUGAUAUUGAAAGUGUGCAAGAAAAUUUUGAUGAUAUAGAGAAUAAAAUCCUAGAAAAUGAGGAUGUGGUAAUGAAAAAUGAUGCGAUAGAGACUGAAGAUGAAAGUGUUGGUUUUGACAUAGAUGAUACAAUUAAGCCAAUUGCACCUAUUGACAUAGAUUUGGAACUAGAUGAUCCACUAGCUUCAACCUCUGUUGAUACUUCAGAGGUUUUGUCCAGUCAGGUCCCAGUUCAAUUGGAGACCCUUUCUGGGCAAAGUGAAAUUAUUGAUGAUAAGCCCGAACACCUAGAUGAAGAAGUGAGCGAGGGAUUUCUAGGUGAUCAUUCGAAGGCGAACCUCGAAACGGAAAUUGAAAAUGCAAGCACUUCUAUCAGCAUUGAGGAAAGUACUAAUAGCCAUAGCACUUUUAUUGAGUCAAGCUCGUCUUUAGAAGAAGGCAGAAACACAACAAGCGAGAGCUCUAGGGAAAUUAGUAGCGAAACCUCUAUAAUCAAAGAAGAUAUGCUCUACCCAACUGAAAAUGUUUCUGAGCAAAGCGCCACUGAUAAAGUUAACAAGAAUCAAAGUAUUGACAAGAUUGAUGUAUCUUCAAGUUCUUCAAUCCCAACAUCUUCUGAAGGGUCCUCUAAUAGCAUUGUGGGAGAUGAAGCUCAAAUGCAUAUAAGUUCCCUUUCUAGUAUAGAAACAGAAUUAUCGAGCUCAUCUAUUAUGAUCAAUGAAGAAAGUACCAUUAGAAAUGCUGAUUCGGUAGUCGAUGAGAAUCAUAGUGAAAGUAAGUUGCCAACCGAAGCAAAAACAAGCAUUGUUGGGUCUAUCGACAACGAAAAUAUUGAUUCCACAGAGCUGAACAAUUUGGAAGAAGCUGUAAAGACAUCAUCUAAUGAAUCAUCACUGAGUCAAGUAACUGAAGAAUUAGUAAAGAAUAAUGAAAGAGUCUCCAAUCAGUCACUGUCAACUGUAUCAACUGAGCACACUGAAAUGAAGGAGUCCUCAAAUUUGACAGAAAAGAAACCUGAAAGCAACUCACCAGAGUCUAAUUUGUCAGAAUCCAGCUUACAAACACAUGAUUUCUCUCAAAUCAGUGAUACCGAGAGGAAUAUUGUCAGUAGUAGCGCAUUUGUUACUGAUCUCCCAUCCGAAGAGGCUAGUGUUAAUCCUGGUAAUACUGAGGGGACUAUCGUAAACGCUUCUCUUGUUGACUCUCAAUCGAGUAAUUCAAGUGUUAAGACAGUCGAAACUAAUGUAUCUCAGGAUGAACAAACUUCACAAAAUGAAACUCUAUCUGUUGGAGCAGCAACAAUAGAUGUUAUUCAGGGAUCAUAUACAUCUGUUUCCGAUUCUCUCGACGGUAUGAACAAUGAAGAAGUGGGCAAUAAAGUACAUAUUGAAGACGUAUCGAAUACCCUUGAGAUAGACUCAUCUGCAUCUGCGUUAUCUGAGCAGGGUGAUAAUCAAUUUUCAGAUUCAACCCCUGAGGUCGUUAAUGUUAUAAAUGAAUUCACUACAACACCAGAAAACGAGACUUCUUCUCCCUUAGCUUCUUCUUCGACAACGUUUAUGACCGAAUCACCAUCUCCUAUUGCUGUGGCUAAUGAAGUAAUUGAAAAUAUUCAACAGGAUGAGCAAGUUGCCCAGCAAAUGGAAGAUACUAACUCUGGUUCAAGUAAUUUUCAGGAUACACAACAUAAUGUGAUAAACGAUGAAUUGUAG